GUGCACUAUAUAUAUGAGUCCAUCCAUGGCCUCUCCAUCCCAAGCCAUUGAUCAGCUGCAAAACCUCAAAAGCCUACUACUGCUACUGCAUACAACACUUCACAAUCUACUCGUCUUCCCCUGACACACACAAUUAACCAUGGUGGUUCCGGUGAUCGACUUCUCCAAGCUCGAUGGCGCCGAGAGGGCGGCGACGAUGGCGCAGAUCGCAAACGGAUGCGAAGAGUGGGGAUUCUUUCAGCUGGUGAACCAUGGCAUCCCGUUGGAGCUUCUUGAGCGCGUGAAGAAGGUGUGCUCCGAGUGCUACCGCCUCCGGGAGGCGGGGUUCAAGGCGUCGGAGCCGGUGCGCACGCUGGACGCACUCGUGGAGGCGGAGCGGCGCGGCGAGGCGGUGGCGCCGGUGGACGACAUGGACUGGGAGGACAUCUUCUUCAUCCACGACCGCAGCCAGUGGCCGUCCAACCCACCAGAGUUCAAGGAGACCAUGCGCGAGUACCGCGCCGAGCUCAGGAAGCUCGCCGAGCGGGUCAUGGAGGCCAUGGACGAGAACCUCGGCCUGGGGAAGGGCACCAUCAAGGGCGCCUUCUCCGGCGACGGGCGCCACGAGCCCUUUUUUGGCACGAAGGUCAGCCACUACCCGCCGUGCCCGCGCCCGGACCUCAUCACGGGCCUGCGCGCGCACACGGACGCCGGAGGCGUCAUCCUGCUGUUCCAGGACGACCAGGUCGGCGGCCUGCAGGUGCUCAAGGACGGAGAGUGGACCGACGUGCAGCCGCUCGCCGGAGCCAUCGUGGUCAACACCGGCGACCAGGUGGAGGUGCUCAGCAACGGCCGGUACCGCAGCGCGUGGCACCGCGUCCUGCCCAUGCGCGAUGGCAACCGCCGCUCCAUCGCGUCGUUCUACAACCCGGCGGUCGAGGCCACCAUCUCGCCGGCGGUGGCCGGCGGCGAGGCGUACCCGAAGUACUUGUUCGGCGAUUACAUGGACGUGUACGCCAAGCAGAAGUUUCAGGCGAAGGAGCCAAGGUUCGAAGCCGUCAAGGCGCCAAACUCGUCUGCGGCGGCUUAAAGCAAAUUAUUAAGGAGAUUAAAACUAAUUAUUUAUUUAUUGGUUGGAUUUAAUAACCUUAAGAAAAAAGUUUAAUGUGGGUUAUUAUUUGAAUUGUUUCAAUGUGUUAUAGCGGUAUGGUAUGGUGCUAUUAUUGUGUUAGUAACAAAUUUGUUGAAGUAUUUGGUAUAGGAUAGAAUUAAGCACAUGCA